AUGUGUGCAGAUAUUGACUCGGAUUCCACCUGGUUUGAUUUAUGUGUGCCUCAUGACGUCCUAAGGCCUGAGCUUUUGAUGACCACAGGCCAGUCCUUUGGGUGGAAAAGUGUAGGAGAUAAGCACUGGGCUGGUGUUUUGGACUCCAGCGUCUACGAAAUAAAACAGGGCGACGAAACGACGUUUUAUAGGACUAUAUACGGAAGUUGCUCUAAGGACCGUAUCUGGCAGUAUUUUGACCUCAAUCACGAGUACACCAUUGACUAUUCUAAGGCACCAAAGUCCGUGCAUAACAUAUUUAACAACAACCAGGGAGUACGGAUACUCCAGCAAGAUCCUCUUGAAUCUCUCAUAUCGUUUCUUUGCUCCACGAACAACAACAUCGGCCGCAUAACAAAGAUGGUAAACGACUUGAGGACCAACUUUGGUACCUUUUUACUUAAGGCGGACUUGAAUGGCAAGUCUGUUGAUUUUUAUACCUUCCCGUCACUAGACCAGCUGUGUAAAGUGACGCCCGAAUUUUUGAAGGAGCUUGGGUUUGGGUACCGGUCUGAUUUCAUUUUUAAAACGAUACACAUUUUAAAAUCAAGAGGCGUGAAAUGGUUGUACGAUCUUAGGUUCGAAGACUACGAUUUUUGCAGAGAUGCUCUUACGAAGCUCCCGGGAGUUGGCAGAAAAGUCGCAGACUGUGUUCUUUUGUUUGGCCUAGGGAAGAGAGAAUCUGUUCCAGUAGACGUCCACAUUAAAAAGAUAGCUGAAUCACACUUUGGCGUCAAAUCUGGAAAGUCCCUCACGGAUUCAGACUACAAUAAGAUAUCUCAAGCCUUUAAGGACUUGUAA